AUGGCAAUGGCGUACGCUCGCGGUACUGGUGCUGGUGGUGGCCGACCGGGGGUGGCUUGGAUGGUGGUCGGUGGCUGUGGAAGCCGGGGACAGCAGUUGUUUUCUCUUCCCCUCUGCAAAGGCGUUGCUCUUUCUCUUGUGUCUUGCUGCUGCUUUCUUCGUCUGAGUAGAGUUGCAGGUCGCUGCCCUUCUUCAAAUGGCGCAGCAACGGGUGGGAGGAAGAUGACAGUGGCUGGGAAGCUUGAGGACAACAGCUGUUUACUCCUUCUUCUUCCCCGUGCAGAGGAGCAGGUGUCGCCUUUUCUUCCAAUGGUGCAGCGGCGGGAGGGAGAAGCAGGUUCAGUCUCACAUUCUUUCACUAGAUGUGAUGAGUGGAUGAGAAAGAUGACAACUGAAAUGAAGGAAGAAACUGGUGGCAAUUACCAACAGAAAGAGCUAAAGGUUCCGAGGGUUCCAUCGACGUUUCGUAAAAUUGAACAGAACAAGAAAUGCAACGAUCCGUCGAUGGUUUCCCUUGGACCCUAUCACCAUGGAAAGCAAGAACUCAAGGAAAUGGAGGAGCUCAAGUUUCCGAUGGCACGCCAGUUUGUAAAAGAUUGCGAAAUGCCCUUUGAAGCAAUGUGGAGCAAGGUGAAAGAAUUAAUGAUAGGUGCAAGUAAAUGCUACGUGGAGGACAUAAUAGCAAAGCUGAACAAGGACGACCAUUUCAACCAGAUGAUGUUUCUUGACGGUUGCUUCAUUCUCCAAUUCCUCAUCUGCUUCAUGAAGAAGCCCGAAAAUCUGAAGAUAAGCAGUCAUGAUGCAGUUUUGGUUACAAAGGACUUGUUUUUACUAGAAAACCAACUCCCUUUUUCUGUUCUCAAAUCAUUGAUGAGCUUUAGGUACAAAAAGUCAGAUCAGGGAGGAGGAGAAGGAAUGAAAUUGUUUGCAGAUUUCUUCAAACACAUUCGUGCAAUACCUCCUAGAAGAAAGUCGUGCAGGGAUAAAAUAUCAAAUUUUUUUGGCAAAUUAGUUCCAAAAUCACUAUCAAGUCUAAGUGGCCUAAGCGGAGAUCAACAUGAGCCAGCCCAUCUUCUCGAGUUUUUCCAUAUGCAGUUCGUGGGGCACCAAAUAAAUCUCAGUGAUCAUACUUCUCAGACAAGUUGGCAAGAGGAUGAUACUCGAACGAUCUGGUACAGGUAUUACCCUGCCGAGGAGCUUAGGGAUAUUGGAAUCCACUUCAAGCCAAGUAAGACUAGUCAUUUCACUGAUGUUCAAUUCAAGCCAACAUGGCUUGCAGGAAGACUAUAUAUAUAUAUUCCUCCAUUAAGCAUUGAUGACUCAACUAAGUCCUUACUUCUAAACUUGGUAGCCUAUGAAGCAACCCUUGACACAUCCAAAGAUUGGAUCACAUCUUAUGUAUGCUUCAUGGAUUCAUUGAUUGAUCAUCCUGAAGAUGUGAAGGAACUGCGAUCCCAGGGCAUACUCCUCACUACUCUUGGAAGCGACAAACAAGUAGCAGAACUCUUCAAUGAGAUAGCAAACAAUAUAGUGCCCAACCCCUACGCUUUUAUAAAGGUUAAAAGCGCCAUCGAGUCGCAUUACAAAAACACCUUCAAACGAUGGAUCCUCCAUUAUAAGGGUCCUAUUUAUGGUAUCAUUAUUAAGUAUUCUUUUCUGUAUGGCAUUAUAGUCACUGCCUUAAGGGCCUAUGUAUCAGCAACUCCCCCGAAAACAUUUGGUAUCUGCAGAAUCCCAGAUACAAAUGUUACUCAUUACCCUUGA